UUAUUCUUUGUUUUUUUCAUUGAAGAACCUUUGCGAGGAGAAAAGAAAAGAAAAAGGGAGAAAGAACUGGAGAAGGAAAAAGGUACCCACAACACUCUUUUUAUAUAUUGUCAUACCUUUUUAAAAGAACAAGACUUUGUUUUGUCUCGUGAUACCCAAUAUCAAAGAUCCUUUUUUUCCUUUAAUUUUAUUACAGAAGAACCUUCAGGAACAGAACAGAAAAGACAAAAGGUGAAAAAAAAGAUGACUGAAGGUACGCUACAUUCACUACUUUGAUAUUUGUGGAUACGUUUUAGUCAAACAUCCCCAAUUUUUGUUCCGGUAAUAUAAACCAGCGAUCAUAAACAAUGGAAACAGGUUUCGGUGAAGACCCAGAAGAUGGGUGCGGCUGCAACACAGGCCUAUAAUCCCCCUUUUCAUGGAGUGAAAUUUUGAAACAUUUUUCCGGAAAAACUACGACGUUACUUACCUAUAUAUUUCCAUAUUUUGUCCAAAAACAAGAAGAAAAGCAUAAGAACGUAACAAAUAAAGUUUGUUUUCACGAUAUAUGUCUGCUUCCAAUCAAUAAUAUCAGCAUCAACAAUGUCAAAAAAAUAAUAAUAAUAUGACACAUUGUUGCUGGGAGGGUGCGGCACUCAGUCGUCGGCGACGCUUACUACCCAUUAUUUUAGUGGGCCGGGAUGUUUGUGACUUUAUAAUGGUGGCAUAUCAAGUACUUAAUAGCCCUCGUUUGAUAUACAGUGAAACCUGUAUUAAGCGGACACCCUCGGGGAAUGCUGUAGUGUCCGCUUAAUACAGGGUGUCCGCCUAAUACAGGUUUCGAUAUAUAACGUCAUAUGAGGUGUCAAAUGCCAUUCAAAUGAACAGUGGAAGAUUUUAUAACGAUAGACUUUUGCAUUAAUUGCUUUAUCCAAGUGAACCAAUUGAUCAUAGUGCCAUAAACAUGGAUUGCAACUCAAAUUUGAAGAAAUCAGAUGAGUGAAACAAGCUCUAUACAAACAAAACGAAAUAGAAAACAAACCUGUACUGUGAAACUAAUCAAAUAAGUUCGUCAAGUCACGUUUUUUAAUGUAAAAAUCGAAAAAUUUGUGGGUGUCAAUUUAAGGCAAUCUUUCGCUUUUACGGUGUCAGGCGUGUUGGGUGGUGGAAUUUAAUUACAAGUGUCCGUUUAAUACAGGUUGGCAACAAUAGAAAUGACCAUUUCAGGUACUUUUUAGGUGUCCGCGUCCGCUAAAUAGAGGUGUCCGCUUAAUAAAGGUUUCAUUNGAAACCUGUAUUAAGCGGACACCCUCGGGGAAUGCUGUAGUGUCCGCUUAAUACAGGGUGUCCGCCUAAUACAGGUUUCGAUAUAUAACGUCAUAUGAGGUGUCAAAUGCCAUUCAAAUGAACAGUGGAAGAUUUUAUAACGAUAGACUUUUGCAUUAAUUGCUUUAUCCAAGUGAACCAAUUGAUCAUAGUGCCAUAAACAUGGAUUGCAACUCAAAUUUGAAGAAAUCAGAUGAGUGAAACAAGCUCUAUACAAACAAAACGAAAUAGAAAACAAACCUGUACUGUGAAACUAAUCAAAUAAGUUCGUCAAGUCACGUUUUUUAAUGUAAAAAUCGAAAAAUUUGUGGGUGUCAAUUUAAGGCAAUCUUUCGCUUUUACGGUGUCAGGCGUGUUGGGUGGUGGAAUUUAAUUACAAGUGUCCGUUUAAUACAGGUUGGCAACAAUAGAAAUGACCAUUUCAGGUACUUUUUAGGUGUCCGCGUCCGCUAAAUAGAGGUGUCCGCUUAAUAAAGGUUUCAUUUAAAGUAAAUAAAGGAAAUAAAUUUGGGGACUUCGGCUACUGUCCGCUGAAUACAGGUUUCACCGUAUUACUUUUCUAUCAUGACUUCGAGGCUUUCUGGUAAUAUUUCUGUAUUUGGUUUGGUUUUAAUUGUGCUCCAGUUACUUCUGGGAACCGCGAGACAAUGCAGUCGUGAAAAAUUUGCAAUUUUGUUCCUAAAGCCUCGGAGCCAUGUUACAAUUUUGAUACAUCGAACGUGGGCUAUUCUUAGAAACUGAUUUACUUGGCAUAAAAUUAAAUACUUCAUUGCUUUUUGAAUUCAUAGUAGAAACUCCAAAAGAAAAAGGAAAGAGAAAAAAGCAGAAAUCAUCUGAGUCGGAUGAAGGUACGCACCUUGUCGCAGAACCUUUUUGUUUCGUAAACCCCAUCAGCUACAAUGCAACCCCAUCUGCUCAAGUCACUUCGAAUACGAAUACUUCAUUGCUUUUUAAAUUAAUUGCUUUUUAAAUUCAUAGUAGAAACUCCAAAAGAAAAAGGAAAGAGAAAAAAGCAGAAAUCACCGGAGUCGCAUGAAGGUACGCACUUUGUCGCAGAACCUUUUUGUUUCGUAAAACCAAGGUACUGAGACUUUAUAAUGGUGGCAUAUCACACGGUUCUGAGAAAUUGACCUUUCGCUGCUUUUUGUUCUCGUAGAAGAAACUUCAAAAGAAAAACGAAAAAGGAAAAAGCAGAGAUCACUUGAGCUCGAGGAAGGUACGCACCCUGUUGCAAAACCUUUUUUUGUUUUGUUAAAGGUUUGAACCCAAGAGUCAUUUCUGUCCUGAAUAGGACUGUUGUUGUUGACCGUAACUGACGUUUCGACAACCUGUGCGGUCAUCAUCACAGUAAAAGUUUUUUGUUCUGUAAAACCCCGGUAGAGACAAUAUAAUGGUGGCAUAUCAAGCGCUUCUGAGAAAUUGACCUUUCGCUGCUUUUUGUUCUCGUAGAAGAAACUUCAAAAGAAAAACGAAAAAGGAAAAAGCAGAAAUCACCGGAGCUGGAGGAAGGUACGCACCUUGUUGCAGCACCUUUUUUGUUUUGUAAAACCCCGGUAGGGACGUUAUAUUGUGGCACAUGAAGCGGUUCUUAGAAACUGAUCUUUUUUUAUUUUGUUCUGGCAGAAGAAACUCCAAAAGAAAAACGAAAAAGGAAAAAGCAGAAAUCACCGGAGCUGGAGGAAGGUACGCACCUUGUUGCAGCACCUUUUUUGUUUUGUAAAACCCCGGUAGGGACGUUAUAUUGUGGCACAUGAAGCGGUUCUUAGAAACUGAUCUUUUUUUAUUUUGUUCUGGCAGAAGAAACUCCAAAAGAAAAACGAAAAAGGAAAAAGCAGAGAUCACCAGAGCUGGAGGAAGGUACGCAUCUUGUUGCAAAACUUUUUUGUUUUGUAAAACCAAGGUACUGAGACUUUAUAAUGGUGGCAUAUCAAGCGGUUCUGAGAAACUGAUCUUUCGUUGCUUUUCUUUAUGUUUACUCAUAAAUGGUCAAGCGGGCCAAAAACAACUUUUCGCGAGAUUCAUUUACUAGUAUAAUAAUAAUACUUACUAGUAAAUGAUCAAAAUGUCAAAAAGAGCAUGACUUUCCAGCGAGAUUACGAUAUUCAUUUACUAAUAUACUAGGGUAUCUAAAAGAUAGUAAUGCUGCGGUACAUUCUGUUGAUGCUGACAUUCGUUAGGCAUUGAUCCAUCUGUUUGCGUGAGACUUAAAAGAAUCAAAAAUGACAUUGAAUGUAUUUACGUGCUGAAAAGUAAAAUAUUACUAUCAGUCUAUAGAAAGAACUCGUGGGAACGUUAUUUAGAAAAUGGCCAAAUGGUUGUCAACUCUGGUUUUCCCACAGUAAAUUGUAGGAAAUGAUUCCCUGCUAGCCGAGGUCUCUCACGACGAUGCCUUUCUCUCAUUUUUGCAUCAUCGUGAGAGACUUCUGCUAACAGGGAACCUGAAGCGGCGAUGGACAGUUUUUAUGAAUUCAUUAAAAUCACCAUAUGGCUACACACAAGUAUGGCUGCAUCUCUCGUUGACGAAAGUCCGGACGGUACUUAAGCAAUCCUGUUGGUCGUGCAUGAGGCUAUUCUUCCUGGUAAGUCUGAUGUCGGUUUCGUGUCGUUAGACGAUCUUCUUUUAAUCAUAUUUUUUGAUAGUUGAUGCAGCACUGUCAUGUUAUUUUGGGGGUGUAAAUGGGAAACCAUGGUCUUCUCCUCUCCUUUUCUCCUCUCACGCGUCCUCGAGAUUUCUUCCUUUGCCCUACUAGCGCCUGCUACGCAGGCUAAAGGAAAGUUGCCAUGCCUUACCGUGUACCCUGCCUAAGACGGUGCUUCAAUUUCAGUUUUAUCGACUGAUAAGCGUAAAUUGAAGCCUUACAGGUUUCCCCUUUUUUAUGGUACGAUCUCCACGAAAUAAACACUUCUUUUCUUCAUUCUUAAGCACCCUUCCUCUUAUUAUUAUCACAACAACUAUAAUAUAACCACACAGUUGAGUCACAUUAAGUAUGAAAAAUUGAAAAAAAAGGUGCAGGGACAACUUGAACAGAAGAAUUACCAUGUUAACGCAAUCGUAUGUAGAAUCUGCUUCAUACCCAGACGGCGCUUCGCCUUCCGUCUGUACCCUUCCCAUGGUCCCUUGCGGCUCAACACCAGUCGCUCGCCUCUACCUUGCGAAAAACGAAGCGCCCGAGGAGGAGGCUGAUGUAGAAUGAUAUGGGUUGUUAAGUCUAGUAAUACACCUACUAUGGUUAGGGUUACGAUUUAUCGUAACUUGGGAGGCAUUCGUAUAUGCAGCUUCUGAUUCAUUUACUGUAAAACUUGCUGUACGUAAGUGACGUCUUUCAUGAACGGUUGCUGCUCAUAGAGGAAACAGAAAUUACCUUGUUUAACUCCUCCAUUUUGCUAGUUUCGAAAGAAAAAUGUUAUCUUUUUAAGGGUUGUUUUUUGUUUGUUCCUUCUUUAAGAAAUCAAACAUGGCGUGGUUUCUGACGAUGAUUUGGAAGGGUUAUCUUUGGAGCUUGGGACAUCGUGGAGUGCACUUGCGCGGCGCCUGAAAUUUAGCCGGGCAGAAAGACAAGGAUUUGACCAUAGUAACAAAGAACUCGCAGACAAGUCUUACCUCAUGUUAUGUAGGUGGAAAGAAAAACGUGGUCUGUCAGAAGCAACUUACAAGGUCUUGUACGAGGCCUUGUGUCAUAAAUAUGUUGAUCGCAAGGAUUUAGCAGGGCAGUUUUGCAUUCUUGGAUCUUCAGAUGAAAGCAAGAAGAAAAAAGACAGCACUUCAGAAUGA